AAAGAUAAGGACGACAAGAAAGAUAAGGACGACAAGAAAGAUAAGGACGACAAGAAAGAUAAAUCCCCUAAUGUUAGUGUGGUGCGAAAUUAUUGUAAAAGCAAUGAUAUCAAAAACCUUACUUAUGAUGAGGAAAAUGACAAGUUAAUCAUUGAGUAUAAGAAAGAUAAACCAGCCAAAGAAUUAACUGACUUAUCAGGUGAAUUGGCAGAGAUAAAAGCAUACUUGUUAAAAAAGGGCAAACUAAACGGCAGAAAAAGAAGUCUAACUGAGAACGAUUGA